AUGAAUCUAAUCGACCUGCCUGCGACCAUUUCUGAUAUCACCCCAGUCUACGACGUCUAUUUUGCUGCGUUAAAGGGCUAUUCCUGCGGGGCAUGCAUGUCGAAAUGCGCAAGGCGCAUACAGCCAGCACACUGCAAUGGUGGCACGGCACCGCGAAGAACCCAACCGUCGCGUGGCUGCAAGGACCGGAGAAGGAGGGGGCAGAAAAAGCUUUUUGGGCCAUCUGGGAAAUUGCUCAAUCAUCGCAGUGCACCCGGGGCACCAAAAAAACGUGGCAUUGGCCAAUUGCUGAUAGACUGGGGUUUGGACGUCGGCGAGAAGCUGCAGGUGCCAGUGUACCUCGAAUCAACCCGAGCUGGAUUGGUAUUCUACACGAAACUUGGGUUCGAGAAGCUGUCUCAGGGCGCUGUGGUGAAAGCCGAAGUGACUCACGUGGCCUCCGACUUCGAGCUUCCUGUGACGGUCAAGAUGCCUUCAGCGGCACGACGAAUGGGCUUUGAAGGAUAG